AUGGGCGGCCAAGGCAGAGAGGGUGGCAAGGUCAAGCCCCUGAAAGCGCCCAAGAAGUCGCAGAAGGACCUCGAUGAGGAUGAUCUGGCAUUCAAGGAGAAGCAAAAGGCCGAUGCUAAGGCGAAGAAGGAACUGUUGGAUAAGGCCAAGGGCAAGGGACCCUUGAACACGGGCUCCCAGGGUAUUAAAAAGUCGGGCAAGAAAUAA